UUUUAGGCUAAGCCUCGUUUUAUUGUAACAGCUUUUAACAAACGUUUCUGUGGUGAAGUGGUGCCGUGUUAAGUUUAGUAAUAUCAGGAAGCUGCAGUUCAUCUCUCAGUUGCUGAUGGAGCACAUCCGACUACCAAAGGUGGAAAAUGUCUUGCUGCUUGACAAAAUCUCCCCCAGGAGAAGUAGGGUGGGCACUCUCUACCUGACAGCCACUCACACCAUCUUUGUAGAGAGCGAGGCAGGGGUGCGCAAUGAAACUUGGGUGUUUCACAGUUUGGUGUGCAGCGUGGAGAAACAAGGAGCCACAGACUCAGGAUGUCCUCUACUUGUUCACUGCAAGAACUUUCAGGUUCUUCAUUUUGUCAUUCCUCAAGAACAAGAGUGUCUUGAUGUUUUCUUGUCCCUACAGCGUCUCUCCCAGCCAGAAAGUUACAAGGAGCUGUAUUGCUUCUCAUAUAAGCCUAAUGUUGAUGCAGAGGAGCGACGCAAGGAAUGGGACUUCUUGGACCUCAGGGAUGACUUUAGCAGAAUGGGACUUCCAAACUCCCUGUGGAAACUCUCCAAUGUAAACCAACACUACAAGGUGAGUGACACUUACCCCAUUGACCUGUUUGUACCUGAGACUGCCACACCUCCAGUCAUAGUUGGAAGCACCAAGUUUAGAAGCAGAGGAAGAUUUCCAACUCUGUCCUACUACUCCAAUGAAAAACAAGCUGCCAUCUGCCGUAGCAGCCAGCCCCUGUCAGGUUUCAGCGCCCGCUGCUUGGAGGAUGAACAGAUGCUUGAGGCCAUCUUGAGGUCCAAUCCCCACAGUGACUUCAUGUAUGUGGUGGACACCAGGCCUAAGCUGAAUGCAAUUGCAAACCGAGCUGCAGGGAAAGGCUAUGAAAAUGAAGACAACUACUCCAACAUAAAAUUCCAGUUCAUCGGCAUUGAGAACAUCCAUGUAAUGAGAAACAGCCAACAGAAAAUGCUAGAAGUGUGCGAGCUACGCUCCCCCUCCAUGUCAGACUUCCUGGAAGGUCUGGAGAACUCAGGCUGGCUGAGGCACAUCAAAGCUGUUUUGGAUGCAGGCAUCUUCAUCGCCAAGGCUAUUGCGGAGGAAGGUGUCAGUGUCCUGGUUCACUGUUCAGAUGGCUGGGACCGAACUGCACAAGUGUGUUCAGUGGCUUGUGUGCUGCUGGAUCCUUACUACAGGACCCUCAGAGGAUUCAUGGUUCUCAUCGAAAAAGACUGGGUCUCAUUUGGACACAAGUUCUCACACAGGUGCAACCACUUGGUGGGAGACCCAAAGGAGGUUUCCCCCAUCAUAGAUCAGUUCCUAGAGUGCGUGUGGCAGCUCAUGGAGCAGUUCCCCUGUGCCUUUGAGUUCAAUGAGAGGUUCCUCAUCACCAUUCACAGCCACAUCUACUCCUGUCAGUUUGGCAACUUCAUUGGCAACAACCAGCGGGAGAGGACAGAGUUACAACUGCAUGAGAGGACUCACUCUUUGUGGAGUUAUCUUUGGACAAACCGAGCAGACUUUAUCAAUCCUCUUUACCGAGCAAACCACAGACAGACACAGGGGCUACUUCAGCCAUCUACUGCCCCCUACUGCUUCAAGUUUUGGAGAGGGCUGUAUAACCGCUUUGACAGAGGGAUGCAUCCUCGACAGUCUGUGGAGGAUUAUCUGAGUGCAAUCCAAGAGGAGACACAGCAGCUAGAGGAGCAGCUGGCUUCACACAAAGAGAAAAUUACUCAACUGGAGAAGGAGCAGGGCUGGAGAACUGUUGCACAGAAAAACGGCACCUUUGAUAGUAGCCCUACAGUGUGUGCUCAUGACAACAACCUUAAUAUGGCAAACACUCCUCAGGACUACACUGGGGGCUUCAUCACUAACAGCCCUUGUCAGCCCAAAGCAGCAGACAGCAGCCUGAUACUUCUGAACCAAGUCUUGACCCAGACGUCUGAAUCCAGCCUCUCCAACAGCAGCGACCAGGAGUCAGGUAUUGCAGACCUGAGCUAUCGCUCACCACUCAGUGAGGACAGUACCAGGGAUCCAGACUCUGAUGAGACUGCAUACUCAGCUGCUUGAACAAAUGUAGCAUUUGGUGAAAGGAGCAGCAACAAACAGCUGACCCUAGGGCCACAGAACAAGCACUGCCUUCACCAGGUAACCUGGCUGUAGGCUAAGUUGGGCUGCACAGAUGAUUUGCACUUUUGCUUGCAUGUGGAAUGGAAGACUUCUCCUGUUUUUAUGUGCAUUCUAUGUUGUACCUGUUUACUGUAACUGAUCUCUCUUUGUCUGUUACCUCAGCAAGACAAACUCACAUUUUCAUGCCUAUGUUUUCGGGGCCAUUUAGCUAAAUGCUUGACUUUUGCAAUGGUCGUUCACACAAUGUGUUUUAUCAGGAUUUUUCCUUCCAAAUGUAAAUACGUGACUUUUGCUCCAAAUCUUUUUUUAGCGCAUUUAUAGUAAAGAAAAAUAAAGUUAAGUAAAUGUCAUAACACAAUUUAAAGUGGAACUAAACAGAUCAAAAAAUGAAACAAGAGUAUUAAAGAGGUGCUUGCGGGAAAUGUUGAUUACUUAAAUUUAUAGCAGUGUUUAUAGAAUCAAUAAGUCCUUUUUCAUAAUCUGUUUGGGUAAUUUUGCUGCACCUUAUGGUCACUGUGGUAUCAAGAAGCAUCCUGUCAAACCAAAAAUCACAAUGAAGCAUUCAAAAAGCCAGUGUUGUAACCUCACCAAACUUGGGACGCCUCAGUGGCCACACAUCUUUUACCAGUGGUUGGUUAGUGUUUAUGCCGCCCUGUGUUUCAUGCCUGUAUCUUCACUUGUUGCACAUAAAUAUGUGAGGAUUCCACUACAAGAUGUAAGCACUUCCAUAAAAAUGUUAUGUAUGUAUGGUUCAUACUAUUUCAACUCCAGAUGAUCAAACCUAAUUCUUACCAAAGUGAUGUGAGUGUCUGAUGCUAUCAAGUGAGUGCAGAGCAAAUGAUAAGACUACUGAGUGCUAAAACCAUAAACUAGAGCAUGUGAACACAAAAGGCUGCCACUGUAGGUUGCAGCUUGAGAUUUAGAGGACCUCAACCACCUUAACUAAUAAAAACACUAAAACUGCUAACUUUGAUUGCAUUUUGUACUGUGGUGCAAACCAAAACUGCAAAUGAACAGAGAGAGAUGAUAAAGCAAAGCAUGUUAAAAUAUUUUUAUACAGUGAAAUAUUUUGAACCACUGUAUAAUCUUUCUUUAAAGCAUGCUGUUUUUAUUUGUAUGAGAAGGUAUUCAUUUCCUGGUCAAAAUAAUUUCUGACCUUGUAUAAAAGAGCUUUAUAUCACUGUGCUUAUUUAGUUGGGUGACAUAAGAGCAUUGUAUUUACACUGAUUAAAUGUACAGUUGUGAAAUUGCCAAUUUAA